UUUAUAAAAUUUUGAUACCUCACACUAUAAUACUUGAGCGACAUUAAUAUAAUUUAAAUCAUUUAUAACUUUAGACAGAUUGAAUAGUGUUGAACAAAUAUUUUAUUUUGCCACAAUUACAGUUAAUUCAGAAUUUCCUUACGACCACCAUUCGCUUUAAGCGUUUGUAGUAACUGAAUUUCCUCUUAAGAGAAACAUAUUUAAGCUGUUGUCUAACACCUGGGGCUUCAGCUGAUAAUUGUAGGGUUUUCGCAGGACGAAAGAAACUUAAACGCUCAUUGGUUUUUCAGUGAUAUGUCUCUCAAAUGAGAGAAAACGAAACUUUUCGUAAAUCUCAAGUUACCUCUUGCUCUUUGUGAAUCCACAUUUUUCUUUAAAAAACAUCCUCAACCUAAAUUUAUUGUAGCCACACAUCAAAGUGUGAAAGUCACUUUUCAUUUGCUAGACAGGACCAAGAAUGGACCCUGCAAGUGGUCCAAAGAAGUUCUUGUACACAGGUCCCAGGAAAGACUCAGGAGAUGAAGACCAAUGGAACUUUGCCCCUAAAGCCUUUUGUAAUUCAAAUAACAACAAGCCAGUGGAUUUAGCAGGAGUAUGGAGUAUCCAAAGAAAUGUCAGUUUAAAGAAUGGAAGUGGGUUACAGGCAUCAAGCACACUGCCGUAUAAUAGCAACAGAAGUUUCUACUCCAGGCAUGGUGGCAUUAAAGAUAGUGGGAAAGACACAACAGCACCAUCUGCAGGAAUUGGUGGUAAACAAGAAACCCUGACAUGGACAGGAGCUCGAGGUUCAAGCUACCCUACUUUCGGUCAAAAUAGUAGGAGUACCAGCAGCCCCACCUCCAAUCAAGCCAACAGAGGAUAUGGGUCUAGACCCUCUUCAAACCACUUUAAUCACUUAAACUGGCAGCCAGAUGAAAAUGAAUUUUAAUUUUGCUCAUUCUAAAGUCAUCUUUACCAGUUCUUCCAGCAAGUUCUUCCCAUUUUAUCACUAUAUGCUUAUGUCUUUCAGGAUGACUGUGUAUUUUGGCCUUCAGAUAGUUUGAAUACAAAGUUGCUAUUUAUCUUAUAGUACAUCAGGACUGUACAGUUUCAUUUAGUUGCUAAAUAUCGUGCUUUGGAAGAAAGUUGAAUGCUUCAUGAUGAAUAAAAGGUUUUCGACUCAAUUUCUUGUGGGAAAAUUUGGAAAAACUUUUUAACGAUAUGUGAUUAUCACUAAAUCUUUAAUCCAUAAAGCAGUCAUUGUAUUUUCAGUGUCUUGUGCGUGAGAAGAAAACUACCUUAAUAUCUUCAACAGUAUAUCCUGUAAAUUUGCUUAAAAAACAGCAUGCCUGUCAUCACUUAUUGGCAAGAAGACAAAAAAAUGGCUCUGAAUGCACUGAAUGAAUGAAUGAAAAGGCAGUGAGUGUUCUAAAUUUCAUUUGGAUAUAUUACAUGAUGUAAUAACACUAGACUAUAAUUUUUGCAUUAAAUUAUUUUUCUGCACUUUUCAAAUUGUACUCUUAUGACACUUCUUUAUUAUUUAAUGGAAUCAUAUAUUUCAAAUGAGGGUGUUUGAACAGCUUUUUUGCCAAAUUGUUAUGCUAUUUAAAGAUCUAUUGCUGAUUAUAUCUAUUGACAUUUUAAAAACCUAUUUCAUGUACUUCACAAUAUUUCACAAAAUUACUUUUCAACACUUUGUGCCUUGCUGCUUGGAAAGAGGCAGUAAUUAUGUAAUGUGUUACAAAAUGAACUGUAUUGUAACUAGGUUUGCCUACUACACAGUACAGAUUUGUGGCAGUAACACCAAAGGUGUAACUGUAGGAUGUCGAGCUUUAGGUGUGUCACCCUUAGCUUCUAUUGUGACUACACAAUAAAUCAGACUCUUGCAGCAAGCUUUCAUGAUCAAGAAGCUAAGACUGCAUGGAACAGUUUACCUGUUUACUUGUUUACCACUUGACCUAGCAUAUACGAUAAUACUGUCAAAGCUGGAUCAACACUCUAGAUGGCUUUCUUCUCAACCCAGAUGCUGGUUGAGGCAGCAACAGGUUUUUCACGCUGCUUUUGAAGUCUCUGCUAACCAGCUAGAACUGUGCUGUGAUUUCUUAGACCAUGAAUCCACAACUAUUCUUCUUUUAUACCCACCAAGACACUCUUGUGCCAUGAAUAGUUCAGAAAAUUGCACUGCUUUAAUCCUGUUUUGAAUUUAAACCAGCCUGCUCACCAAGCUAUGAUGGUAUACAGCCCAUCUUUAACCACAAGCACUCCCCACCACAUAAUCAAAGUUUAUGAUAACAUCUAAUCCUGCAUUUCUCAACCUUUUAUGAUGCCCACCAGAUGAAAAAAAAGUACAUCCAUGCACCCCCUUUAGCCAGCUAAUUUCACUAAUACCAAUAUUAGAUAAGAGAAACUUUUUUAAGACAUGACCGUCUUCACGCCCUCUCUUGGAGGCACGCCCCAAAAGUUGAGAACCGUGGAUCUAAUCCAAGAAAGGAAGUAAUAUUACCUCAGAGUUGACAUUCUGAGAAUGUAUCGCUAAUGGACAAGAGGCAGUUUUGCUAAGCUGAGUUAUCAAUGUUACAAUUUGUAUCAAAAUCUACUAUUUACAAAGGGUUAGGGUGCAAUAGGUGAGUAAAAUUUUGACUAAUGGCACAGACUUUUUGACUUUGAAUCCUUGUUUGUGUUGCUUGGAUAUGAACAUAUUGAAAGAAAUGUAAUUUUUGGCAAUGUAGAUAGGUAAUGUGUACAAUCUUAGUAUUGAUUAUCAAGACUGUUGUUCCAGAGUAAAUUAAAUAGCUACUAUUUUAUUAUUUUGUGUCUGUAGAAAAUUCCACAUUAAAAUUUAUGAACAAAUAU